CUUGCCUCCGCCUUCUUCCCGGGGCUCUUCAUCCUCUGCAUCCGGUUACUGGGCUGGGCCGCCCCGGGAUGGAGCCUCAAGGAGCGCAUCCUCCUCAGCGGCAGGUUGGUGUCAACGGUCCAAGCCAUGAUGGCAACGGUGUCGGGGAUCACGGUUGUUCUUAACUGCAAGGACGUGGUGUACGACAGGCACUGGCUGGCUGUGGAAUACAUCUGGGUCCUCGUUCCCUACAUGACCUACGACAUUUACGUCAUGUACCUCUGCCACUGGCACAAGAGCAUGGACAAGGGAGUGGCGGAGAAGAAGCACUCGCUGGCCAGCAUUUGGAGCUUCCUCCUGCAGGAGCGGCUGAUGGUGACCCACCACCUCUUCAUCCUCAUCGUGCUCACCCCCAUCACCCAGCAUUUCAGGGGAGAACUGGGGGACUUCUUCGUGGGCUGCAUCUUCAUCGCGGAGCUGAGCACACCUUUUGUAUCGCUGGGCAAAAUCCUCAUGCAGCUCAAAAUGCAAGACACGCUCCUGCACAAGGUGAACGGGAUCCUCAUCCUGGUGACCUUCUUCCUCUGCCGUAUUCUCCUCUUCCCCUUCAUGUACGCGGCCUACGGCAGGCAGGUGGGGCUCCCCAUUUACAUGGGGCCUUUCCGCAUCCCCCUGCACUGCAACAUCGCCAACGCCUCCCUCAUCGCUCCCCAGCUCUACUGGUUCAGGCUCAUCUGCCGCAAAGCCGCCCGCCUCUACGGCAGCUCGCCCGCCGACAAGAGCAGAUAACGGCUGGUAGCCACAGCCCAGCGUGGGGGGCUAAAAAAAGGCUCAGCCCCCUCCUCCCCAGCUCUUCCACCCUUCCAUGCCAGCGCUGCGGGGACCAUCGUGGAAGCAGAGGGGCAGAAGCAGCGAUACCACUGGGCUUUUUUAGCUGGAAGCAGCCUCGCCGUCUCCACCGCCGUGCCAGGCAGCACCAGCCUGGGUUCAGAAGGCUUUCUUCCCACGCUGCUCCAGGGCCUCGUGUCCUCCCACCCGUGGGAGCUGGGGCAGGAGCCAGCGAGGAGGAGGAAGCCUGCCCAUAAGCACGACAUUCCUUCUGGGAUUCAACACUGUGGCCUCGAACUAACGGUUACACGAGAGGGGUUUGUUACAAACCCCCCCCCUCCCUGCGUCUUUCAGGGCUGACACCAGACACCAGCACUGCAGCCAGGAGAUGAUGCAUGCCCAGCCCCACACAGCAGCCCUGGGGGCUUGGGGAGCCCUGUGCUGGACCUGCCACAGCCCCAACUCACUCCUCCAGCUCUUGUUUACAGCCUCCAGGCUGUGGCACGGUUCUGCACAGCCUGUUCCUGACCGUUACCCACUUCGCCUCUACACUACAGCAGCGUUCAGCCUCUCACCUCCCACUGCUGCCGGGAUCAAACUCAUUUAAGACUCUACUUAACCCAAAGGUGCUUUUCACUACAACCAUCUGGUGCCUGUGGCUGACAGUCCCGGGCUCGGGGGGCUCAGGUGUCCCCAGGAGGCUGGAGGGGAGAGAAGCUCAUGCCAGGAUAGAGAAAACGGUUGUGCUGAUUCAGAGCAAUGCUGGCAGGGCAGAGCACCCAAGGCUGAAGGGCAGGAUGGGGACAGGAGACUGCUAAGUCCCCAUCUCUGGGCACUAUGCAGAGCCCUUUGUUGGCAGGGGAUGCGACUUUCAACCCUCUCCCCUAACUGCAGUUGCUUUUACUUGCCCCACGUGCCCCCAGCAAAUAUGUGAAAGCCUGAAUAGCACACCCUGCCCUGCUCUCCCACCCCGUGGUACCGGUACAUCCUGAGCUCCGGUUGUACGGUCCAUCUCACUCCCCCGCAAGGCGAAGUCUGCCAGGGAGGGAACUGGGUCAGCACAGGAGGAAACGGCAACGCCAGAGCAGGGCAGAGCCGUGUCCUUCAUCAGUUUGGCCCAUUUCCACCUUCAGUCACAGCAAAACGGGGUCAGGCUGCCCGGUUUGCCCUGCACAGGCCUGAGCGGGUGUGUGCCCGUCAGACAGCAGCAGUCUGGUUCCUUCCCUGCAGCCAGCACAAGCCAGGGCACCCACCUCCUCCCUCCAGCCUCCUACACUCACCCGGGGUCCCCCUGCACCAGCACAGCCCCCCUCAUGCCCAGAGACCUGCAGCCACUCUGUGCCUUUCAUUCCGUCUAAAAAACAACGGCUGGAAGGGCCGAGGACCCAGUUACUUUUGGGUGUCGGAUCUCGCCCCAGCCACAGCUGUGUUCUGGAAAGACUGAAAUAAAAGGGGCUCUACCAACAUGCACUCGGUUAUUGCAGAAACACUACUGUCACCUUAACCACCCAGACCAGCUGAUUUUAUAAACUGCUUGCUACCUGUUAAGAGAUGUUUGUAUCUCGCUGUUUUCAUUGCGAAUAACGUGCCUUAUGUAAGGAGGACAAAAAAAAAAAAAAAAAAGCCAACGAGGCAUCUCAGUUUGCACUAACACUGCCCUAUUUACUGUUGCACCUAUCAGAAGACCAAUAAAGAUUUCCUCUCUGAGUCACACCA